CUCAGCUCUGUGCAAAUCUCUCCUCCACCAAGACCAUGAAGCUCUGCGUGACCAUCCUCUCUCUCCUCGUACUUGGGGCUGCCUUCUGCUCGCCAGUGCUCUCAGCGCCAAUGGGUUCAGACCCUCCCACCUCCUGCUGCUUCUCGUACACCCUUCGGAAGCUUCCUCGCAACUUCGUGAUUGAUUACUAUGAGACCAGCAGCCUCUGCUCUCAGCCAGCUGUGGUAUUCCAAACCAAAAGGGGCAGGCAAGUGUGCGCCAACCCCAGUGAGCCCUGGGUCCAGGAGUACAUGGAUGACUUGGAACUGAACUAAGCUGCUUCAGGCUUAGAGCAGGACGUCUUCAGGGAAAGUCACCUGAGCCCAAAUGCCUCUCCAUGAGAUGCA